GCCACAGUCCCCAGGGCGUGCGAGCCCGCGUCGUCUCUAUCAACAAAUCGCCACAGUCCCCACGUCUCGAGGGUAUCGUCUCGAUAUGCAAAUGAGCCCUCAAGUCGGCUUCCCGCGCUUUUUUUGUUAAUUGAGAUGACACUAUAUGCAGCGUGUGGGGAACCGGCCACCUUCUCACAUUCGACCAUGCUUCCAUGGACCUGCCGCUGUCCUCAUGUUCUCUGAGCCUGGUGUCCAUCACCGGUUCCCCGUCAUUGUCCGUGAGCUUCCAGAGAAGCGCUUUGGACAGAAUGAGUGUGGAGAAUGUGGUGGUGACCAUGGAGGGCAUAUCCUUGAACCUGACAAGAGAGGGCCAAAGCAUUAGCGGCCAGAGGGUGCAGCUGCCGUACAAAAACCACAGCAUCCAGAUUGAGAUGGUGGGAUCCUACAUCAAGUGCUCCUCCAUCAUGGGCUUCUCUCUGCUGUGGGACCAGAACAAUGCCAUCACGGUUAAACUUGACCCCAAAUUCCACACCAAAACUACCGGGCUGUGUGGAGAUUUUAACGGCAUUGCAGAUGAUUUAUAUUUGAAUGGUCAUCUGCGUUCAGAAAGUGAUUACACGCUGAUGAAUAAGCUAAACAACUUGGAAAUGUGUUCCCAAGAGCCACAGCAAACUAACUCAGAUUUGUCAAGAGAAUACUGUCUGAACAAGACACAACACAUUCAGCACCUAUUGCAAGGCGAGCUUCUUUCCUGCGUCAGCAUCGUGGACCAUCAACUGAAGAGCUUGCUGAUUAAUAUUUCACUGUCGGACAUUUGCCGUUUGGACUGCAACGGCACUGCUGGGCUCUACCCUUGUGAUGGCUGUGCGACGAUCGCCGAGUUCUCUCGACGGUGCACGCAGGCUAAUGGAUCGCCGGGCACGUGGCGUUCUCCAGAAUUCUGCGGUGUGACGUGCCCGAGAGGUCAGGUGCACAGGGAGUGUGGACCGGUGUGCAAAGACACCUGCUCAAACCCCUCCGCCUCCAUCAACUGCCCAAGCACCUGUGUGGAUGGCUGCUUCUGCCCUGAAGGGAUGGUGUGGGACGAUGUGAGUGGGUCGGGCUGCAUCCCUCAAAGCAAUUGUGGGUGCAACCAACUCGGCCACUCCUAUGCCAGUGGAGAAUCGCUCAUCACAGGCUGCAAAAACUGCACUUGCGAGCAGGGUCAGUGGAAUUGCGACAGCCGCCCCUGCUAUGGGACGUGCAAGAUCCUGGGCGGCUCCUAUUUCUCGACCUUCGACAGCAAGACGUACAGAUUCCACGGGGACUGCUUUUACACCCUCACAACGGACUGCGCUGGCAAGACGUUCUCCGUACUGGGAGAGUUAACCAAGUGCGAGGGGCGAGAUUCUAAGACGUGUCUCAAUAGUGUUAUCCUCUACAUCGAUGACAUAAAAAUGGUUGUGUUCAAGGCAUCAGGGGAUGUGCUCGUGCAUGAGAAUAAGGUGCCUCUUCCAUUUGUGUCGGCAUCCGUGACCGUCGUGCAAGAGUCGUCCUUCUACCUCCGUGCGGAAACCAACUUUGGCUUGCGCCUGCGAGUUCAGCUAAAGCCCCUGAUGCAGCUGUACAUUACCGCGGCCACCGCGUAUCACAACAAAACGUGUGGGCUGUGCGGAAAUUUCAAUGAAGUAACCGGUGACGACUUCACGCAUUCCGGCAUCGUGGACGCGACAGCAGCGACCUUCUGUAACAUGUGGAAGGCUCAGGCGACGUGCCCGGACCGAAAAGAGGUCACCAUGGACCCGUGCUCGGUGUACACCACCAACAAUGAAUACGCCAAAACAUAUUGUGGCCUUCUGAUGGAUAAUGACGGUCCAUUCUCUACCUGCCACAGUGUGGUUUCUGCAGAUGAAUAUUACAUGCGCUGCAAGUAUGAUACGUGCAGCUGCUCGUAUCCGGAGCCGUGCCUGUGCGCUGCACUCUCGGCAUACGCGUACGCGUGCGCCGCUCAUGGCGUCGUCCUCGUCGGCUGGAGGAGCGACAUCUGCAGCCUCGACUCCAAGAACUGCCCAAUCAGCCACGAGUUCAGCUACGCGGCGCCCGAGUGCGGCUCCGCGUCGUGCCGCGCGUCCCGCGCGUCCCGCUUAGUGUGUCGGGGGGUGCGCCCCCCGCCGUUCGAGCUGCCAUCCCCUUCCCCCGUGGAGGGCUGCGUGUGCGGCGCGGGGCUGUACGACGACGAGCACGGCGUGUGUGUGCUCAAGAGCGAUUGCCCCUGCUACUCGGAGAUGAGCGGGGACGUGAUCCGGGCAGGGGUGACCGUUGAUCUGCACGACACGCAGUGUCUGUGCACGGGUGGGGAACUUCACUGCUUUGGACUUCCCCCCAUAUCUGGGAACACAUGUGAAGGCCAGAUGACUUACCACAACUGCAGUGACGGAUUGAGUGAAGGCAGUGCUGCCUGUCAAAGAACCUGUGCUAAUCCACAUUCAAUAUGCUAUAGCCCGGGCUGCGUGUCGGGCUGCGUGUGCCCCGGCGGGUUGCUUGUGGAUCACAACGGCAACUGCGUGAGUGAGGAGCAAUGCACCUGCGAGCACAACGGGCAGCACUACAACCCCGGAGACACCAUUACCCAGCUGUGCAACAAUUGCACGUGCAUGAACGCACAAUGGAGCUGCACGUCCAAAGUCUGCCAGGGCCUGUGUUUCGUGUACGGAGAGGGCCACCACACGACCUUCGACGGGAAGCAGUAUGUCUUCGACGGGUCCUGCCAGUACAUCCUGAGCCAGGAUUCCUGUGGAAACAGCAGUGGCUCAUUCCGAAUCACCACUGAGAAUGAGCCGUGUGGAACCACAGGCACCACCUGCUCCAAGAAAGUUCACUUUUUCGUCGGGGCUGACGAGCUGGUGUUGACGGACGGAACCGUAAAGGGGAGUUCGCUGGAUUUGCCGGGGUCGCCAUUCCACGUGCGCCGCAUGGGCAUCUACACUGUGGUGGAGACGUCGCUCGGGGUCACGGUCAUCUGGGAUGGUCACACGGCCGUGUCCGUUCACGUGAACCCACAGCUCAAGGGUCACGUGUGUGGCCUUUGCGGAGACUACGAUGGCAAGGUGGCCAACGAUUUUGUGACGCGCACGGGCUCGGUGGCAGCGAGCGCUCCCGAGUUUGCCGCUGGCUGGAAGGAGUCCGGCUCUGGGUGCCCUGACCUUUCGCGAGUGUCCGACCCGUGCACCAUAAACCACCAUCGUGAGAGCUGGGCACACAAGCAGUGCUCCGUACUCAAGGAUGGGGUGUUCAAGCAGUGUCACAACAUGGUCGAGUACCUGCCCUACUACACUGCGUGCGUGCGCGACUCUUGCGGUUGUGACACUGGUGGCGACUGCCACUGCCUGUGCACGGCGCUAGCGUCGUACGCACAAGCGUGCGGCUCGGCGGGCGUGUGCCUACGCUGGAGGACACCGGACCUGUGCCCACUUGGCUGUGACUUGUACAACAAGGAUGAGGAUCAGUGCGAGUGGCAUUACCGGGAGUGUGGCCGGGGCUGCCAGCGCUCCUGCACCAACAGGAAUGCCAUCUGUACCGCUAACCUGCCCCCGCUGGAAGGCUGCUACCCGACCUGCUCGAGUGAUCGGCCGUUCCUGAAUGAGAGUAGCAUGACCUGCGUGAAGCAGUGCGACUGCGUCUCUAACGGAACCACCUACAAGGCUAACGACAGGAUUCCAAGCAAUAACUCGUGCGAAAUCUGUUCCUGUACAAUCGAUGGCAUUUCCUGCACAAUUAUCCCAGGGUGUCCACAACACACGACUACUAUUACUGCAACAACCACAGAAUCAACAACUACAACCUCAUCCUCAACAGUUCCUCCAACAACUAUCUCAACUACCAGCGAGUCAACAACUAGACCACCAUCCACAACAGGAACUCCAUCAACCACCUCAGAGAAGACAGGACAUGCCAUCUGUGGGACCGGUGUUCCCAUGUUAAUAGAUUGUCGGGCAAGAGAUUUUAAAGAAAAGAAUUUGUCAGAGACGGGGACUGACAUCAUGUGUGAUGUCAACAAAGGGCUCCUGUGCUUGGAAGAAAAGCAGGAUCCAUUACAUCUUACCAAUUACCACGCCAAUAACUAUACCAUCCACAACAACACCUCCAUCUACCACCUCAAUAACCGAAUCAACAACUACACCCCCAUCCACAACAGCACCUCCAUCUACCACCUCAAUAACCGAAUCAACAACUACACCCCCAUCCACAACAGCACCUCCAUCUACCACCUCAAUAACCGAAUCAACAACUACACCCCCAUCCACAACAGCACCUCCAUCUACCACCUCAAUAAUCACCGAAUCAACAGCUACACCCCCACCCACAACAGGAACUCCAUCAACCAUCUCACCAGGUCCAUGCAUCUGGACAUCAUGGGACAGCAUUGA